UUUGUUUUCACACUCCAAGAAGAGACCCUGUGACAAAAAGAAUUCUAUCUCCCAAUAAGUCUGUCAAGAUGACAACUCUGGAUGAGUGUAUAACAGCAAAGGAGUCAUUACAUUUGGAUAAAAUAGAUGUUUUGCCACAAGACAACUCUAAGCAGCUUGAUGAGCCCCAGCAAGAAGCAUCAUCUUAUCCUGAUGACAACAUGCCAAUUAAAAGCAAAGGUGGCUACCAGCUGGAUUUUGACAACCUCGAUGCUAUCAACCCAUUUCAGAGCUCUAAUAUGAUGGCCCUCACUCCUGCGAGGCCUGCUGCUGAAAACCCAACUACACAUCAAGCUGAGGCUCAAAGCACAAAACCAGAGCAUGUCUCAGAGGAGUCUACCAAGACGGAGCCGACACUAGAUGAGACACUUCCAUUCACCCCAUCUGUGGAAAACUCACUGGUUGACCUCUCCACCAACAUCAGCUCCGCAGACAGCAGUGGGAUCGUAGUGGUGAGGAUUCCAGAUGUGGAUUCCUGGACUGCAACACCAGAUGAAAAGCAGCCUGCUAAAAUGCCUUCAAGUGUUGACCAAGACAAAGCAUCAGGCAGUUUUGUGGAAGAUGCUCCACUGCCAGAGAGAGGUUCAUAUAACUUGGAUUUUGAUAACAUGGAGGAAAUUAAUCCUUUCCAGACUGGUGGCUCUAAGAUCCAGAAUUCUCCUAGUCUUGUUAGAAAGGUGCCGGACAAUAGCCAGUCUGCAGAGGAGCCACAGGUGAAGAAAAACAAAUGUGCAGAUGGUGUAGAUGUUCCUGAGGAGGUCCAAGAGUCACUUGUUCAGCCUGAAGUCAAGCCAGAAGCUGCAGUGGCAGUAUCCUCUGAUGCAGCUAGACCUCAACCUGCUGAAACCCAGCCAGCUGCUGCCCCAAGCAAAGAAGGCCCCAUCAAACUCGAGUUUAAUUUUGAUGACGGCAUCGAGGUUAAAAAGAAACCUCUACCCAAGAAAUUUGUCAAAAGGCCAAGUGGUGCAAAGUCUAAAGAGGGAAAGCCACCAUCUGAUGUCAACCCACCAAAAGAAACUCCACUGAAGCCUGAUGCCAGUGAUGUUGCUGAUGUACCACUUCCCAAAAACUCUUACACAUUUGACUUUGACAAGGCUGAUGACCCAAACUUUAAUCCAUUUGGCACAACAACAAGCAUAAACAACUCUCCAAAGUGCAGCAGGAAAUCCAGCCCUGUGCUGAUGAAAGCUGCCACUCCAGAGCAAGCUGACCAGCCUGAGGAGAAGCAAGCUCCAUCGCCAGCCUGUGUUGGAGAGAAUGUCCCAGUAACUGAACUCAACCCUGGAGCAGUUUCUGAACACAAAGCUGCUUCUGACCAUGAUGAGGCACGUCAGCCUGAAGGUGAUCAGCUUGUGCAGAGUCUUCCUGAGCCUUCUGAUCUGUGUCAGCCUGAGCAGAAGUCACAGUCCGGCAUGUUAGACAAUGAAGAGUUUGUGCCUGGAGCAACAUUCAUGGCCAAUGACUUUGAUGGACAGAUCGACUACCUUGAGCAGUUUGGGUCCAGCAAUUUCAAGGAAUCUGCACUGAGGAAACAAUCCUUGUAUUUAAAAUUUGACCCCCUUCUGAGAGAGAGCCCAAAAAAGUCUGCAGGCCCAGCUGCUCAGCCUCCUGUCCCCCAUCCUGCUGCAUUUGCCUCACGGCUUGAAACUCCACAGAUGAUAGAAAAGGAGGGAACAAACAGGCCACUAAAGAAUGAUUUCAAGCUACUUGAUGCUGCAGCACCAACUCGUCCAGUCCUCGAGAGCCUCAUCCCUCCUUUCCCCCAGCCAGCAAACACAGAGGAUGCAAUCAUUGAAGUGCUGAAGUACAGUCAGAAAGACAUGGAUGCAGCCAUUGCCAAAGUCCAGGCUGAAACAAAGGAAAAAGAAGAGCAAUGGAAUGCAAAGUAUAAAAAGCUGCUUGAAGAUGGUCAAGAACUGAGGAAAAUAAUUGCAGAAUUUGAGCUUGAGAUUGCAAAAAUGAUGGGUAAGUUUAUAUAUACUCUGUGCAUUACCACUGCCAAUGACAGUAGGUAUCCACAGCCCCCUGCCUACGAAUUAGUACAAGCUCUGGCCCCUUGGAAAUCCUAUCCCCUGAUCUCCCUGAGUGAGAGAUUGAAGAGCUCCAUGGACCGGAGUAAAGACCGUGGAUCCUACAUAAACUAG